AUGCGAUCAGUGGCGAUCGUUCUUCUGACGGCGCUGACCGUCGACGCGGCCAUGAAGCGGAUGCCGUGGGAGGACAACAGCGUCGAGGACAAGCCUGACUUUCUAGAGCGUCGGCCUGGACCAGGAGGACCACCGGAAAGGCCAGGACCUCCAGGACCUUUUCCGCCACCUCCGUUCCCUCUCCCUCUAAGAGGCCGAGGCGGACGUCGUCCAGGACCACCCCGGCCUCCGCUUCCUUCUUUCCUUCGCAAAGUUUCUUUCGACGGCCGACGCGACUUCUUUGACAUCUUGGGCAGCAACGAGACCAUCGCCCAGCAGAACAAGCAGUUCAACGCAUGGGCUGAAAAGUACAACGUUUCGGUUAGUAGAUGAGAAUUAGACUUUUCGCAAGUCAUCAUUUCAGCAAGAAUACUCCGAGUUUGUCUCUGAUAUGACUCAAAAGAAAGCGGAGCUGAGCAAGAACAUCGCCGAGCUGGUCAGCCAGCUUCCCGACGCGCAGAAAGCUCUCGAAGAAGCUUUGCACAAUGAGCAGCAGACUCGUGCCGAACAACAUCAGGCCAUCAAGAAGGUCGUUGAGAAGUUCCCACAGGUUCGGCAUCGGCUUUGUUUUUAUAUUUAUUGAAUCUGGAAAUAUUAUCAACUAUUCACAAACCAAGACCCGAAUGGUUAUUCGAGCAAAAAAACAUUUAAAAAGCCUGCCACUACUACUUUUCUAUUUUUGUGUUUGGAAAACUGAGGAUUCUGAACAUUUGCUUUUCAAACAUUCUAGCAAAAAUUCCUUUUCAAAUACUAUCUUUACUAGUUACAAAGAGAUAUUAUAAAAAUGAAGCAUUUUCCAGGAGUCCCGAGCUCUGUUCUUCCUCUCUAAGAAAAUGCGCCAGCGGCCCGAAGAAAAGACACCUGAAAAGCCCGAGGAAGUCCAAGUUGUCCCAGGAUCUGCCAAUCUGAAACCUCAAGACGACGAUGGAAAUCGACCAGAAGCCGAAGUAGAGAAACCCAUCCCAAAGCAGCUUGAAAGCUCGGAAGAACGUCAGCCAAGACCUGUCAGCACUCCUUUCGAUAGAUUCGGUCCAUUGAGAAUGAUGAUGACUCAAGGAUCGAUGAGGAUGAGAUUCCCACCCAGAAGGGGUCCGGUAGGACCUCCAGAAGAUAUGCACAUCGUUCCAGGAGGCUUCUUCUUCUUCCCGAAAAUGGCCGGACUCCGACCUUCAGAUGAUUUCGGACUUCCGAUGAGACGCUUCUUCAACGGGCCAGAAAGGAUGCGUCGACCGCCGAUGGAAGGACGUCGUGGCGGUCCUUUCAACGCUCCAGAAGGUCGAGGUCCUCGUCGUGCUCCCUUCGACGGUCCUCAGCAGAAGCCCAUGUUCGACGACAGUUUCGACGGCGAGCUGAUCCCUCAGUCGCCCUUGUUCGACGACGCCUUCAACGGAUUCCAGCUCGACGAGCCUCAGUUCGCCGAUGACGUCGCUCCUUUCGAUUUCUGA